UCCACAAUCCACAAGCAACGUAACCAAACUUUUUCUGUUUUCUAUGAAAAAUGUCAAAGGUGUUUUGAUGUGGUUUUAAAUCGAAAGCCACUCUUUCUCUUGUUUCGUAAUUAUUUUCCCGAGUGAAUUUCGAAAUGGUUUCAGAGAAAUACCUCAAUAAAGUAUUUCUAGCAUCAGACGUAUACGCGGCUUGUGUACAACAUGCCCUUACUACUGAAAGGCAGGAAAUCAUGGGCUUACUCAUAGGAGAAGUUGACGAAGACACAUAUGAGUCCCACAUCACUGCAUGUGUGAUACUACAUAGAAGUGACAAGCAGCCUGAUAGGGUUGAGAUCUCCCCAGAACAGCUGUGCACUGCGUCCAUGCAUGCAGAGCAACUGGCAAAAAAAUUAGAUAGGCCAAUUAGAGUUUUAGGAUGGUAUCAUUCACAUCCACAUAUUACGGUAUGGCCUAGUCACGUAGAUGUAAGAACCCAAUGGAUGUACCAAAGAAUGGACCCCUUGUUUGUUGGACUAAUUUUCUCAGUAUUCCAAAAUGACACUCAAAAUAGAAGUAACCAGUUACAGAUAACAUGCUUCCAGGCUAGUGAAAGAAUUUCUGAGCCUGAAAGGAGAGAAGUUGAACUAGUUAUCAAGCCUUUACCCUUCCACAAAUAUAAUCUUGAAGGUAUAGCAAAUUUACCCAGAAUACUAAUCCAGGAAGAAGUGGACUGCCAUACAAUCAAGGAUAGUGAUAUACAGGAUGAACUGGCCAACUUGCAUAAUGACUCUUUUCAAACCUUAGCUAUAGUUGACAUUGUUUCCAAAGUAUCAAAACCUCUGUGUGAAGACUUAGAAGACAGACGGAAAGCUCUCAAAGUUAGGAUAGAGGCUUUGAAGAGAUUGAAGGAGAGUUUCACAAGUACCUAG